GGGUGGGCGGGGCGAGAGCCGGAAAUGGCGGCCGUGGCGGCGGCGUCUCCCGCUUCGACCUAAGUCGUCGACCUCACCACGCCACCAUGCCCCUUCUGCUCCUGGCCUCCCGCCUGGGCCAGCUGUGCCCUCACCGCCCUCUCUCCCGGCACCUUUCCACGACCCUUGGCCGGCGAUCCGGCCCAAGUAAUUACUAUGAGCUACUGGGGAUCAGUCCGGACGCCAACACCGAAGAGGUUAAACGGGCUUUCUUCACCAAGUCCAAAGAGCUGCACCCCGACCGGGACCCCGGCAACCCGGCCUUGCACAGCCGCUUCGUGGAGUUGAACGAGGCCUACCGGGUGCUCAGUCGAGAACACAGCCGCCGCAGCUACGACAGCCUGCUCUACUCCAGCCCGCCACCCGCCCCGCGGCCCUCCGCCCGGCGUGGCUCCCAGGCCUCCUCCGCCUCCAGGUCCGGGCCGGCCUCCGACGCCAAGUACUGGUCCCAGUUCCGCAGGAUGAGGCCCGAGGGGCCGGGGGAGCGGCGGCAGCAGCAGAGACGCAACCAGCGGGUCCUGGGCUACUGCCUCCUGCUGAUGCUGACGGGCAUGGGUCUGCACUACUUCGCCUUCAGGGUGCUGGAACAAGUCCAUCGGAGAUUCAUGGACAAGAAGGACCGGGUCUUCACCGCCAUCUACAACGAGACCAGAGCCCGGGCAAGGACAAGCAGGGCCCGUCUGCUGCAGGAGCGAGGGCAGAAGCCGGCGGGGGCAGAAAAGUGACUCCUCCGCGGGCCAGACCGCCCGUCCCCUCCGCUUACCCCCGGGGGCUCCGGCCGGGACCCCCAAGCCAAGUAAUAAACCGGGGGAGCGCGUCGCAGCCCGUCUUCUUCCUUCGAAGCCCCCCGCCCACCCUCGGCGGGCCCGGGCCCGAGCUCUCCGGGGGCUCUGGCCGGGACCCCCAAAAGUUGCAAUAAACUGGGGAAGCUGGUUGCGGUCUCUUUGCUUCUAAGCCCCUCGCCCACCCCUCACCCCGCUCGGCAGGCCCGAGGUCCUCGGGGGCUCUGGCCGGGACCCCCAAACCGUGCGAUAAGCCGACCGGGACCCCAGCAUCACGCAAUAAACCGGGGGAGCAACUAAA